AUUACGAAAUGUUCUCUAGAUCUGUUGAACACGUGAACCCGUCCAGUUGACAGCACGUGCAACUUCAAGUUUUUACUACAACUAGUUUAUUAAGAUCGAAACUGUUAUUUUAUUAGUGAGGUAAGGAAAAAUAAUAUAUAUAGCUAAUUAAUUCAAGGAAAAACUUAGAAUUGAGCCUUAAAAAAGGAUUUUUGUUUGGUGUAUAUCUAGACAUGAAAGUUUAAAUUUAAUCGCAUCUUUUUAGUUGUUUCUGAAUAUUUUCGUUACAAAAUGCAAAUAUAAUGCCUUUAUCAUCAAAAUUAGAUCGCUUAUAUCAUAAUUUGCCAGAAAAUUACUUUUCCGCCAAAUAAAAGUAGUGCCGUUAUUUUUCGCGGGCAAAAGCUUUUGUAGAAAAAAUUGGCAUUAUCUUUCUAAAUGAACUCAGAGAUUUCAAUAAAGGACAUAGUGAAAAGAAAACAGCUUUAGCUGGAUAUAAUUCGAAUUGAAGUUGCAAUUAUAAUUGUCAUAUUAUCGGCCUAACACGUGCUGAGACAACUGACUACUCAGACAGAAAGCGCAAAUUUUUUGUUAAGGUAUUUUCUGUAUUGAGUAGCAAACAUUACUUUCCUAAGUUGGUAUUAGUAUAUAUAUAACGCUUUACUUUCUAAAAAUUGCAUUAUAUAAUGUAUGAAACUGAAAUUUCAUUUCAUUCAUAUUGAGUGCGUUGAUAUCUUGAUCUUCAAAGAUUGCUUCAAAUCAACAUGAGUGACGAUUGGGAAGAAACGCCUUCUGCUGAACAUUUCUCAUCACACAAUGAUGACUCAGGUCGAAGUGGUGGCAGUGGUUUUGGAAGCAGACCUUCUAGGAGAGAGCCUGAAAGGAAUUCGAGAGGUGGCAAUGGAUUUGGUAAUGACGAUGAAUUUGACAGAGGUCGAAAACAUCGUUCAAUGGAAGACGAUUUUGAUAGGAAUAGAGGCCGCAGUGGAUUUGGUGAUAGAGGUCGUAAUGAUGAUAAUGGUUUUGGCAGAGGAGGAUCUGGUAAAAAUUUUAGGUCAUACGACAGAGAUGAUGAUUCGGGAAGAGGAUUUGGAGACCGUGGCGGUAGUGGGUUCGGAGACCGUAGUGGUGAUCGAGGCGGAUUCGGAGACCGUGGCGGUGAUCGGGGCGGUAGUGGUUUCGGAGACCAUAGCGGUGAUCGGGCUGGUAGCGGUUUCGGAGACCGUGGUGGCGACCGAGGCGGUAGCGGUUUCGGAGACCGUGGUGGUGACCGAGGCGGUAGUGGUUUUGGUGAUCGUGGUGACCGAGGAGGUAAUAGUUUUGGAGAUCGGGGUGGCAGUGGUUUCAGAGAUCGUGCUGGUGACCGAGGCGGUAGUGGUUUCGGAGACCGAGGCAGUGGCGGAUUUGGAGACCGUGGUAAUGACCGAGGCGGAUUCGGAGACCGUGGUGACCGAGGCGGCAGCGGAUUCGGGGACCGAAAUGGAGGUGGUUUCGGAGACCGUGGUGACAGAGGUUUUGGUGAUCGUGGAAGUGACAGAGGAAGUGGUUUUGGUGAUCGAGGCGGAAAAAGUGAUGGUUUUGGUGACACAGGAGAUGGAUUUGAUGAUAAUAAAUAUCAUGGAGUUAAUUCUGGUGGAAGAAAAUGUUUCAAAUGUCAGGAAGAAGGUCACCUUUCCAGAGACUGUCCUAACCCCGAAUUAGGUGGUGGAAGAGGGAAUAGAGGUGGGAGAGGAUUUGGAGGGAAUGAUAAUGAUGGCUUUGAGGAAGGACGAUCUAACAAAUGCUUUAAAUGCCAAGAAGAAGGACAUAUAUCAAGGGAUUGUCCCAAUCCCUCUGCCGAUCCUGAGCGAAAGAAACCUGUUACAUAUGAACCACCAGCGAUUAAUGACGAUGAACUGCUCGACGAUCAAAUGACAACAGGAAUAAACUUUGAUGCCUAUCAGCGCAUCCCCGUUAAGGUAACAGGGGAUGACCUACCUGAAAGCUUAAUAAAAGGAGUUGCUAGUUUCGAAGAAGCAGAAUUAUACGAUAAAUUUUUGAAUAAUGUGCGAGAAGUCGGGUAUAAAAAACCAACUCCAAUUCAAAAGCAUGCUAUGCCAAUAAUCAUGUCUGGAAGAGAUAUGAUGGGUUGCGCUCAGACAGGAUCAGGAAAAUCAGCUGCUUUCAUUUUACCUAUUAUUUCAAUGAUGAUGAAAUCUGGAUUACAAGGAGGAAGUGAAUAUGCUGAUAUUCAAACACCACAAGCUCUUGUUGUAUGUCCAACUCGGGAGUUGAUAAACCAAUUAUAUACAGAGGCAAGAAAGUUCUCGAAAGGUUCAAGACUGAAAGUUCAAGUAGCUUAUGGAGGUACAUCUGUCAGAGUCUGUAGCGAAAGAAUCCGAUACGGAACAAAUUUACUAUGUGCUACACCUGGUCGAUUGCUCGAUAUUAUUUCGCGAAAUUACAUCUCACUUGAAAAUUUAGAAUUUUUAGUGCUUGAUGAAGCUGAUAUAAUGUUGGAUAUGGGAUUUAAAGAUGACAUAGAUAAGAUCGUGCGAGCAUGCCCGGAGAAAGGUAUCCGACAAACGCUGAUGUUUAGCGCUACCUUCCCAAGAUCAAUUCAAGAAAUGGCUUCAAGGUACCUGGCUGAUGACUAUGUAUUUGUUGCAGUUGGGCGCAUUGGGGGAGCAUGUGAAUUAGUCAAACAAGUCAUUGUACAGUGUGACUCUUUGGAAAAAAGAGAUAAAUUGACUGAAAUUUUGGAACAACGAAGUGACAGGGACAAAAUUUUGAUAUUUGUCAAGAUGAAACGAAAUGCCGAUUUUCUUGCUUCUCUCCUGUCCCAAAAAGACUUUCCAACUACGUCUAUUCACGGUGAUCGAGAACAAUUUCAACGAGAGGAAGCUUUAAGAAAUUUUAAAUCGGGUAGUCGUCCAAUUAUGGUAGCAACAUCGGUAGCUGCAAGAGGCUUGGAUAUUCCAGGAGUGACUCAUGUAAUCAACUAUGACUUACCCACUGAAAUUGAUGAAUACGUCCAUAGAAUCGGACGUACAGGUAGAUGCGGUCACGAAGGAAAAUCAACUAGCUUUUAUUCCCCUGGUGAAGAUUCAAGACUUGCCGAAAGUCUAGUCAGCAUUCUAGCCGAAGCUAAUCAAGAAGUUCCACCGUUUUUGGAGAGCGCUCGCGGAUAUGGUGGUGGACGAGAAUCUGAAGGAAUAUAUGGCGGAACCGACAAUCGUAGGAACGAUCGUCAUGAAAUCCAAGAAGAAGAGUGGUAA